AUGAAGACCACUCGCAAGUGCAGGGCACUGCUGUCCGUUAGUAUGAAUCUUUUAGCACUAUUUUUCUCAAUAACUGCUUUCAUCACAACAUACUGGUGCGUCGGCACGCAGCGCGUCCCCAAGCCGAAGUGCACUAAACUUCGCACGCACAACUGCAUCGAUUAUGGAGUGAACGAGACGGACCCCAAAGUAGUGGUGUACAGUUGGGAAACGGGGGACGACCGGUUCCUAUUCAGACAGUUCCACACCGGGAUCUGGUUCUCCUGUGCAGAGAAUAUCCAUGAUGAAGGUGAGAAAUGCAGGAGCUUUAUCGAUCUGGCUCCGGCUUCGGAGAGAGGUGUCCUAUGGCUGUCGGUGGUCUCUGAGAUGCUGUACAUAGUCCUGUUGAUAGUGGGUUUCAGCCUGAUGUGUCUAGAACUGGUUCACUCCAGCACCAGCAACAUGAUAGAUGGACUGAAAGUGAACGCCUUCGCUGCAAUCUUCACCGUCCUCUCAGGGCUCCUGGGUAUGGUGGCCCACAUGAUGUACACACAGGUGUUCCAGGUGACAGUCACCCUGGGCCCUGCAGACUGGAGGCCCUAUAACUGGGACUACGGAUGGUCCUUCUGCAUGGCCUGGGCAUCCUUCACCUGCUGCAUGGGUGCAUCAGUCACCACCCUCAACUCCUACACCAAGACUGUCAUCGAGUUCCGACACAAACGCAAGACCUUCGUGCAGAGCAUCCGAAAGGAGCAGGCAAGGGAGGCGUUGGGAUACUACCGCGAUCACUCCCUGCGCUCCAUAUCCCAAACCGUGGAGGUGUACACACAGACGCCGUAUAGCAGUGGUAUUAGGACGCACGUAACGGCCGCGUCGUUAGACCCGAGUGACGUAUCAGAGACUCUGGGGGAAGACCAGUGCUGAAGAGAGGGAUCCCAGCGGGGCAAAACUGGUUACAACUGGUUCCCAUGAUGUCGCAGUUAUGUCAUUUUUAACCAUUUUCUGGUUGUGCUGAUGUUAUUUCAUCGUCAUUUCAACUCGGAUGUGUCGAAAGUAACUGUAUGAAGUCAGUGCUAUCCAAUUGUGAUCCGUCACCUGUGUUGGGUCUUCUGGGGAUUCUGUAGCAACUGAAUCCGUUCUGAUUGAAUUCAUCGCUGCCUUAAUUGAGCCAGGAUAUUCACUCCCUUGUUCCCAGUUUGGGCGUUGAUAGUCAUGGAAAGACAGCCGUGUACACACUGAUCAUACAACUAGAUGAUCUGACACACAAGGAAAGCAGCAACCAAUAUCAAUAGCGUUUCACCCUGUUUCAGUUAAAAGCUGAGGAACGGAGCUGGAGAAAUGUAAUCACUCUCAAAUUCAGAGACAGAACUAUGGA